GGCCGCGAAUCCCGCGCCCACUGCGGUGAGGGUUCCUGAGGAGGGGUCUCCUGAGCACCUGGGCGUCGGGGCGUGGAGUCUGGGGUCUGUGUCUUUUACCCCGGUUAAGGCCAGCGAAGCGCAUUCAUCGGAGAUGGUGCUACAACAGAGGUAGAGCUACAAAGAGAGAGACAGAGAGAGAGAUCUAUCUGCUGACUCACUCCCCAGAUGGCUGCAACAACAAGGGCUGGGCCAAACUGAAGCCAGGAGCCUGGAACUCCUUUUCCCAGGUGAAAGGUUGCUGAAUUCCAUCCAGGUCUCUCACACGGGUGGCUGGCACCCAGGUUUUGGGCCAUCAUCUGCUACCUCCCAGGGGCAUUCACAGGAACCUGGAUCAGAAGCGGAGAGGGAGAGAAAGAGAGAUGCAAAUCUUCCAUCUGUGGUUUAUUCUCCAAAUGCCCAUGAUAGCCAGCACUGGGCAAGCAUCCAGGAAUUGCAUCUAGGUCACCCACAUAGUUGGCAGGCACUCAAAUAUUUGAGCCAUCACCUGCUUCCUUCCUGGAGACACAUUAACAGGAAACUGGAUCAGAAGCAGAACUGGAACUUGAACCCAGGGAUGUUGGUUGUUUCAGUCUCUUGCUAGUGACUUCUGAUGUGUCACCGAAUGGCAUUGUCUACUGCAGUGCUGAGAAGAUACUCCCAAGGACACAGCAGCAGCACAGCGAAGGCAGACCUGAUUUGAGCUCUGCUGGAUAGACCCUGAUUAGGAGUGAUGCCUCCAGGCAGGUGGCAUGCUGUCCAUCCUGCUCAGGCCCAGGCCUCAAAGGAACGCGGGCGCCUUCAGGUGGUCAAGAAAGAGGAUGAGGAUGAAGGCUACACUUCAGUGCAGCCUGCCAGGCCACAGACACUCAACCGUCCUGGCCAGGAGCUCUUCCGACAGCUCUUCAGGCAGCUUCGCUACCAUGAGUCUUCUGGGCCCUUAGAAACACUGAGCCGACUCCGGGAGCUCUGCCGCUGGUGGCUGAGGCCUGACGUCCUCUCCAAGGCCCAGAUGCUGGAGCUGCUGGUGCUGGAGCAGUUCCUGAGCAUCCUGCCUGGGGAGCUCCGGACCUGGGUGCAGCUGCAUCACCCUGAGAGUGGUGAGGAGGCUGUGGCCUUGCUGGAGGAACUGCAGAGGGACCUUGAUGAGACAUCUUGGAGGGACCCAGGCCCUGUCCAGAGUCCAGAUGUGCAUUGGAUGGGUACAGGAGCCCUGCGAUCCACAAAGAUAUGGCCCCCUGCUUCACCUCUCAGGAGUGGCUCUGCUCUGGGAGACCAGCUGGAGCCUCCCUUUGAAAUAGGAGUGCGUGACUUCCUGGCUGGGCAAUCCGAUCUCCAUGCUGCUCAGGUGCCUGCCCUUACCCAGAGAGAGGAGAGCCCAGGAGACCAGGUGAUGGCAGCAAGUUCCCUGACAGCCCAGCCCCAGGAAAUUAUGGCUUUCAAGGACGUGGAGGUGACCUUCUCCCAGGAUGAGUGGGGAUGGCUGGACUCGGCUCAGAGGAACCUGUACAGGGAUGUGAUGCUAGAGAAUUACAGAAACUUUUCUGCUCUGAUGGGACCAUUCUGCAAACCUGCUCUGAUCUCCUGGUUGGAAGCAAGAGAGCCAUGGGGCCUGAAUAUCCAGGAAGCCCAGCCUAAGAAAGAGCCAGAUGAUGCUCCUACCGGAAGUGAGCUCCAGAUUCAGACAGACAAGUUCAUUUUAAAACAGGAGCCUUUGGAAGAGAAAGAAACUUGUGCUGUACUAACAGUAUGUCCUGCAAUAAGUGUUUCUGAGGGAACGGGACUCCUAGAAUCUUCUGAGCAAAAGAAAAGGUUAAAGGAGCAAUGUAGAAACCUCAUACAAGUGGGAGAUAAGAAAGAAGAAACUGGUUGCAGUUAUAGAGAUGGAAAAGAAUCCAAAGUGUCUGGAGGAGGAAACAGUGGUGAUGUAAAACAUGCUACACGUUUGACAGUUUCCAAACGAAAGCAGUCCCUUAAACAUGGCUGUGGCAGACACUUCAGAACGAGUUCACACCAUUAUGACUACAAGAAACAUGGGAAGGGGCACAGACUCAUGAUCGGGGGGUUCAGCCUACAUCAGAGAGUUCAUACUGGGCUCAAAGGGAAUGAAAGGGACUCGUGUGGGAAAGGCUUCAGCCUUAGCUCUCAUCACCAGCAUGGGCAGAAUCUCCACUUGGUGAGGACGUCGUACAGGUGCAGUGACUGUGGGAAGACCUUCAAUCGUAGUUCCCAUUUGGUGUAUCAUCAGAGACAUCACACUCAAGAGAAACCAUUUAAAUGUAGAGUGUGUGGGAAAGCUUUUGGAUGGAACUCAAACUGUGUGCGACAUGAGAAGAUUCACACUGGAAUGAAACCUUAUAAAUGCAGUAUAUGUGAGAAAUCUUUCCAACGCCUGUCAGCCUACCGUCUGCAUCAGGAAACCCAUGCAAAGCAGAAAUUUCCUGAGUCAGAUCAGUAUAAAGAAGUUCUCACUUACAGUACAGAGUUUGAAUAUCAUUUGAGAGACCAAGACAGCGAGAGAUCAUUUGACUGCAGCCAGUGUAGGAAAUCCUUCCAUUGUAAAGCAUAUGUUCUGGAACACCAAAGGAUUCACACUCAGGAGAAACCCUAUAGAUGCACCAUAUGUAGGAAAACUUUUAGGUGGAGGUCAAACUUUACUCGUCAUGUGAGGUUGCACCAGGAGGAGAAGUUCUAUAAGCAAGAGAAAUGUCAAGAAAACUCAAGACAGAAGAACUACAGUCAGCCCCAGGAUGCUCCCACUGUGGAGAAAAGUUUUCCCUGUCAGCAGUGUGGGAAAGCUUUUACUCGAAAGAAGACCCUUAUCGAUCAUCAGAGAAGUCACACAGGCGAGAAACCCUACCGCUGUAGCGAGUGUAGAAAAGGCUUUACCUAUAGGUCAGCCUUUAUCGUUCAUAAAAAGAAGCAUGCCAUGAAAAGAAAGCCCGAGGGCGCGCCUUCUUCUGGUCAGGACAAGGUGUUCCAAGUUCCUCAGGGCAGUCCCACCACAGGAGAGCCUUACCAAUGUAGCCAGUGUGGCAAAGCCUUCCGCAAUCACUCAUUCCUCCUUGCCCAUCAGAGAAUUCACACCAGAGAGAAGCCUUACAAGUGCAGGGAGUGUGGAAAGGCCUUCCGAUGGAGUUCCAAUCUCUACCGACAUCAGAGGCGUCACUCUUUGAAAAAACAGUAUGAGUGUCAUGACGGUCAGAAGAUGCCAACUCUGAAAGCAGACGUCCUCACUGAUGAGAAGCCUUUUUGGUGUCAAGAAUGUGGCAAAACGUUUACACGUAAAAGAAGUCUCUUAGAUCAUAAGGGGAUACACAGCGGAGAGAAGCGCUAUAAAUGUAAUUUGUGUGGGAAAUCUUACGCUCGAAAUUACCGCCUCGUUAACCAUCAGAGAGUCCACUCUACUGAACGACCAUUUAAGUGUCAGUGGUGUGGCAAGGAUUUCAUUGGGAGACAUGCCCUUUCUCUUCAUCAGAGAAAACACAGCAGAGCAGCGGCAUCCGGGUGCAGCUUGCCUGGGUUAUCUUCGCGUCAGGACACUGGGUUGAGUGUGCAGGAAUUAAAACCAAGUGGGGAAAAGGUCCUGGAAGAUUGUAAGGAGGUUGCUGACCAGAGCUCCAGGCACCCCAGACUGCAGAACAUACCUGAAGAGGGCAAGUGCCACAGAUGUAACAUAUGUGGGAAAACCUUUAACAAGCAUUCGCAGCUUAUUAGUCACAAGAGAUUUCAUACUCGAGAGAGGCCCUUCGGAUGCCUAGAGUGUGGCAAGACCUUCCGGUGGUCUUCAAACCUGGCUCGUCACAUGAAAAAUCAUGUUAGAGAUUAGCCUAGGGCCUGAUGAUGACAAUGGGAUCGGGAGUGCUCCCCAGCUAGUCAGCUAGAGAGCCUUCAGUCAUGGGGAAAUCCUUCACAAAGGGCCCUGCCCUUUGUAUUUUGGAAGCUGAUGGCAGAGUCCUGAGGAUUUACAAGCUCACUGAGGCCCCAGCCCACCUGCUGGAAAGGGCUGCUGGGGCUCUUCUGGCUCUAGGAGUGGCCUCUGCACAACACCCUGGGGCUCCCCCAGCCAGCUCUCACAACUCUAAAGAGAGAGACCAUUGUCUGUUGUUGUUGGACAAAAUAUUUGAGGCCUGGUGGGCUGUAGCUGGUGAGAAGAGGCCAGUUGGAUUCUAGAUGUCUCUUUGAGCUUGGCCUGUGACAAUACCUGUUCUGUUGGUAUCAAAAGCAAUAGCAUCAAGAAUUGAUCUCUCUAGAUGCCUUCUGGGGAGUUCUGGCUGGAUCUUCAGCUUCACAGCUACUUUUGAAUGUACCUGCCCAAGGCCUAGUGUUGUCUGAGCAGCAGGAGGAGGCGAGCAGGGUGCUGGGCUCAAGUACUUGGAGAAUGAAGCUCUCCUGAUGUCCUACCACCAUCUCUACUGGGCAAGUCUACACAGGCAGCAGCAGAAAUGUGCUGAACACCUGCCUAAUAUCAGGCUCCAGUGUGUGUGCUGGAGACCCAGUAGGUGGUCUGUCCUGUAUUGCAUCUUGUACAGACACUGAACAAAUGAAACAUGUGGUAUUCUGGAUAGUGAUGUGUGUGGUGGGCACAAUAAAUCAGAGAAGAGUGAGGAGUGUUGGAUUUGGAGGUGAGUUGUGAUUUUGGGUGAUCAGGGGACCCUCAGCUGAGAGGGUAAAAUUUGAGCAGUCUUGAAAGAGAUCAGCGAAUGAGCUAUGUAGAUCUCUAAGAAUUUGAGGCAGAGGACCUGGGGUCUUGUCCGGUAUUUUCAAGGGAUAGCAAGAAAGUCCUAGUGUAGAAUGGAGUGAGCCAACUGGAAGAGGAGGAGAGGGGGCCUGAAAGGUGAUAGACUGGGCUAGGUGAGCAUUGCAGAUCAUCCAUGGGGCUUGGGAUGCCUUAUAGAGGGUAGCAGAGAGGGCUCUUUGGGAAAGUUCUUAGUUGAGUGAUGUGAUCUGAAUUUGAAACAUCUACAAGGGUCAAUCACAGACCUAGGACUCAGGAAGAUGGCAUGGCCGUUAGGAUUUUUAUGCAGUUACUUCUGCCAGUUUCUAUAAAUGGGACUUUUUAACCCUGUUUCUGAAUUUUCUGGAAGUUCUCCAGCCCCCACUAGCACUUCCAUAUUUAGGCUCAACACUCUGCAGGUGCCUUCUCACCUUCACAGCCGUCUUGGUAUGUGAUAUCUGGUACUGGCAUCAGGUUCAGCCUAAAGUUACCCAGGCCACAUGCCUGCUGCCUCUAAGAGAGAAGGUGGCCUGUGGUAGAGGUGUCCUCUCUGACUUUUUAACCAGUGGUGUUGAAGCAAAAAGCAAGAACACAAAGGUACAAGAGUGACAUUUCUAAAGGAAAUUAAAUUUGUUACAGUUUAUUGAAGAACGCAGAUUAUAAAUGCAAGGAUGAAAUGUCUCAGUCGGGCAACAUCUCAAACUGCAUUUGCCUAUGAGUAGGCGCGCAUUUGCAGAACAGGCGCUGUAUUGUGAUGAUGAUGGAAAGAAACAAAGUUGGACAGUCUUUUGGUGGAGUACAGUCGUCGUAUCUCCUGGUUUGCUGUAGCAGGUGAGCAUGAAGCCUCUGGUACUGUGGAAUGAUAUCACAGCAUGGGCAAGGGGUGGAACAGGCAUCUCCUGUUGGUGUCCUCGUGGCUGUUCAUCUUUGUCAUUUGGCUUUGCCAUUCCCUUGCGUUUGUGCAACAGUGGCUGCCCAUGGCCUAGAAUCAGUAUUUCUUCAUAUGACAGUGCUGCCCCAGACUGGCCCUGGAAAUGGCUGAGCAGAGGCCAGAGACCUAUGUGCUUGGGCUCCAGGGUCUUGAGAAGGGCUUUGGAGUGAUCAGAUUUGGGUGCCAGCUCAGUGUUCCUUUUCUUGGCAGGGUGAUCUUCAGUGAGUCAUCAGAGCUGUGUGUCAAUUUUCUUUAGUAUACCUAGCUGUACUGUCUGACUCCUGGGACUGGUUUGUGAAGGCUCUGGGUUAGGUUGUUGAUCUCUCAGACCAGAGCCUUCACAGAGGUCCCCCUCUUCCCACCCCCCACAACAUUGGUUGUUGCUGAAACCACGGAAAUACUCUUUUGUCCAUAUUUUCUUCACUCCUUGUGUCAUCUGAUACCUCAUAAAGUUCCUGCCCCAGUAGGAGUAAUUUUGCUGUCAUUUUUAUGGAGUGAGGUGAGCUUACACAUUCCAAAUAAGUUUUAACAUGUACAAAGGAUGAAGUCAAGAUCAACAGAAAUAAUUCUGUGUUGAAAUAAACUGUUAAUACUUUUGAAUUUUAUUAAUGCACUCUGUUCAAUAACCUGAGUUUUCAAAUAAUCUUCAAUUUAUAUUCAGUCUAUUACAGAAAAGUGAGUAAGUACACAUUAGUUGAAAAGGUAGAAUCAAAAGUCUAUUUGGAACUAACUGCUAAGCAUUUUGGUGUAGUCAGUAUUAGAUUUGGCUUAAUUGCUCCUCCAUGCACACUGCUGGCUGUCUUGCCUUGUGCUGUCUCCUUCACCUGGAGUGCCACAGCUCUGCUCCUGCUGCUCCAGAUCUUCCCUCCUCAAGGUCCCCAUCCAUCUAAGCCCUCUUCCCUAACCCCUCCCCCUGGGGCCUGUGUUACUCUGUUGCCUGGUGCUCCAGUUAGCUCCCAUCACUACAGCCAAACCCAUUAACUCUGGAGUCCAAGGUUGGGAACUUACUUACCUGUUGGCCAUGCAGAGAUUUUGCAUAAAAUUGCCUCUGUUAAGUCUAGACCUGAAUUUAGUUUUAAGUAUGGAGUUUUGGGAAGUGUUUUUUGUGUGAAGUGUUGACUGGAAUACACCUGAUGUUUAGGAGCCCAGCUGUGGCUGGUUCUGAUCCAUAUGGCUCCGGGUGACUAUUUGGGUUGUUCUUGACACCAGUUCUUAAAUCUUGUACCCCAAACUGAUCUGGAGAGCAUGCAGGCCCAUUUCUCUGCUCCCUUGGAGGAACUGAAGUUGGGAUUGAGGAGAGUUAGAUGGAUGAGGACAGUCACAGAGAAGAGUGGAUAUCAGGAGGUCUUUUGGUCACCUGUUAGGUGAGUCAGCCCCAUGGUUGGUGACAGAGACUAUCAGACAAGACAGGCAUGUGCUGAGAAGAAUACGUGGGAAUUAUAAAAUAACAUGGAUCACCUCACACUUUGUCAAGUUGGCAUGUUUUUGAAAACCCAAGUGUGGGUAAGUAUGUGGAAAAGUGAGAAUUCACUGCUUUGGGAGCAGAAAUUGUGACAACUGUGCCAAGCAGUUUGUGAAAUCUUGCAAAGUUGUGAGUAUUCUACUUGCUAGCAACUCCACUCCUGGAUAUAUCAUAGAGCAACCCUGUGUGAAGAAAGAAAUGACUGAGACUGUUCAUUGCAGUGUUAUUUAGGUAGCAAAAUUGGCAAAAGCCUACAUUUCAUCAGCAGAACAAGUAAAUGUUUUUUGGUACUUUAGAAAGAGGACUAUGCCUUUCAACACAGACAAGUUCAAAACCGUGCAGAGAAAGUUGGAGAAGCAACAUACAAUAUACCACUUAUGUAAAAAUAAGCAUUCUGUGGGUUUGGGCACAUCUCUUAUUUGUGUUUCAUGUUUGGUUAAAUGGAAUACUAGUACAAGCCUCAAAAGGUGAUUAGGGGUUGGGGGUCCAGUUAAAGAAAUAAUGCAUGUAAAUCACUUAGAAUAGAGUCUGACAUGUACUCAUUGUUGGCAUGUAACUGUGGUGUUACUAUUUUUGCACAAUAAUUUCUGUGGAAUCAACUGUUAAGAAAUAAGUAUAAAGUCAUGUGUUGGAAUGAUAUGUACACGUUGCUACUCUGCCUUUUCCCAGGGCGAGAGAUGCUGAUAAGAUCUGGAAAGGGAUGUAGGACUUGGAGUUUGUUUCUAAAAAUUGAUGCAGAUGCAUCAGAAUGUAAAGACUUAACAGGACAAUGUGAUGGGUUCUUUUUAACUAUUGGCUUAAACUAUUUCAGAAUAAAAGUAUUUUUAAGCAUGGGCUCUGACAUCUUGUGACUAUGUAGAAAUCCUGGAUCUGCCAUUUACGUGAUGUUACUAAGAGGGAGCUGUUUACUGUCAAGGCUUCAGUGUAUACACCUGCAAAAAUUGGCAACAGCACAAAUGGCUGUUAAUCAAGGAUUGGUUAAACAACACUGGUACAUCUGUGAUGGAAUAUCACAAAUCAUGUUCUCCAUGUUGUGAUGCAUGAGCUCCAAGAGAGACAGCUUAUAAGAAAUUGCAACUCCAUUUUCCUUAAUUCUUCAUUGGCAAAGAAGAACAGUUGAAUCCAGAAGUUAUCAGUACAUAAUUUUGAUGAGGAAAGCAGAUCCUGAUGAGAAUAGAGAUGGUUGUCGACCUUUCUACCUUCUACCACUUACUAAGAUAAUGCCCACCUAAGAACUGCAAGAUUUGUACCAGCCUGGUCAUUGGAAACAGAAGUUGUACCGAUUUAAACAAUGAAUUGAAAGAAUUAAUGAGAUAAAUUUGAGAAACUAGAAAGUUGUUAUUGAGGUAGUAUCCUGUAUCUAGGACAGCUGCCAGGGCUGGAGGAGCUGUGAUAGAAUCUCUCCUUAGUUCUGGUAUUUGGCUGCUGACAGCUUACAAGUUCUCCACCUCAUUUUGCCCCACAUGUGUGUAAAAUAAGAAAGCCCAGGCACUCCCUCAUGGUGUGAGGGGGCAGGUCAUAUUAUGCAAAACCUCCUAUAACCAUAAUAAAAACCAGAGCUACUUGGUGUGUGC